GGCAAUUUCCUAAACAGAGCUCAGUUACCUCACUCGGAAACGUCAGUAUCACCCGAGGCCCGGCAAAGAGAGUCUGUGCGUGUCCUUGGCUGUUAUACCGGCUGGAAGGCGACUUGCUGCUACAGAAGACAAUAGUAGACCGACUUGACAUGAGCAGGGUGCCCUGACAUGGACACAGAGAUGAUUCCCAAAUUUUCAUCAAAGGAUGAGGAGGUUGAUUACUGGAAGUCCCAAGCCCUCAAAUAUAAGAAAAGUUGCCAUGAAGCUCAAGAGGAGCUGCAGGAGUUCCAGGAGGGGAGCCGAGAACUGGAAGCUGAGUUGGAGGCACAACUUGGUCAAGCUGAACAACGGCUUCGAGACCUACAGAGUGAAAACGAGAGACUGAAGAACGAGUUGUCCAACCUCAAGGAGAAGCUGGAGCAUCAAUAUGCCCAGAGUUAUAAACAGAUCUCUGUGCUGGAGGAUGACCUGGGACAGACACGCAGCAUCAAGGAUCAACUUCACAAAUAUGUGCGAGAGCUUGAACAGGCCAACGAUGACCUGGAGAGAGCGAAAAGGGCUACAAUAGUGUCUCUUGAGGACUUUGAGACCCGUUUAAACCAGGCAAUUGAAAGAAAUGCCUUCCUGGAGAGUGAGCUGGAUGAGAAGGAGUCUCUCCUUGUGUCUGUGCAGCGGCUGAAAGACGAAGCACGAGACCUGAGACAGGAGCUGGCAGUGCGAGAAAGGACUGCAGACAGGAUGUCAGCACCCAGCUCACCCACUUUAGAUAUAGACAAGAUGGAUUCUGCAGUACAAGCCUCUUUAUCCCUCCCAGCAACACCUGUAGGAAAGAAUAUAGAGCACUCUUUUAUCAGCCCUAAAGCACUGACCAACGGCUGUGGUAACUCGUCUCUGACUCCCUCUGCUAGGAUCUCAGCUCUUAACAUUGUCGGUGACCUUCUGAGGAAAGUAGGGGCUUUGGAGUCCAAGCUUGCUGCCUGUCGGAACUUUGCCAAAGACCAAGCAGCAAGAAAAAAUUAUUCCAUAGACAAAGGCACACAUCUCACCAGCAAUGCUACCAAUUUCUCUCACUCACUACAUACCACCUGCUUCGACAAAACCACUGUUAAUGGAUUGGACCACACCACCUUGACUUCCCUGACACCAUCCAGAGCCCUGUCUCCACCAGGUCUGCUGCCUUUGAGUGUGUGAGUGAGGGGGUCCCAAUCCAGAGAAACCUCUACAGAAACUCUUAUCCCCUCAACACAGUCUGGGAACACAGUGACAUGCGUGCGUGUGUGUAUAUGAAUGAAAAUAGAGCUAGAAUGGAAGUGUGAUGUGUGCAAGAGAGGCUUGUCUGAAUUUUGCAGCUCUCAGUGCAUCUAUCAGUAGGUGCACAGUCAUUUGUGCGUGCACCAAUCGGCCACAAAAACAUUGAAACCGCUCAUCUAAUAUUGCAUUAAAAGCCAUCGGGGCAUGGACCCGGGGGCAUCUGGGGAGCACUGGAAGCAGAUCCUCUGGGUCCGUAUGACUGUGGGGCCCCUGUGAAUCUGGCUUCUGCUGGUGCCUGUUGCAGAUGCUCAGUCAGAUUGGGAUCUGGGGAGUUUGGAGAUCAAUGCCUUAUACUCUUUCUCAAGCAGUCCAUGAGCUGUUUCGGAGUGUGGCUGGGUGCAUUAUCCUCCAGGGGAGGCCGCUGCCAUCAGGGAUUGACAUGCCAUGGGGUUAAGCUUAGUAACAUCCACAUGAAUGAACAGUGCUUUGUAACCAGAUGAUCAUCAGUGGUUAUAAUGUUGUGGCUGACUGGUGUAUGUUCCUACUGCAUUCUGUUCUUGCUUGUGCCUAAAACUGUACUGCACUGUGCUUGUAUGAAUGUCACUACAAUGUUUUGCCCUUAAGAUGUCAACUUUGAACUGUCGCGGUUAUUUAAGUGAUUCCACGGUUCAUAUGAAGGCUCAUCCUUGACAAAAGGUCCUUAAGAGACCACAGCUUCCUUUGAAUUUUCCUUCCUUUACUGUUUGUUAAAUUGCACAGUUAAACUAAUUUCUGUUUAGAUGGUUCUAUAUUUAAAAAGGGAUAUGCUCAUAUGAACUAAUUUAUUUCACAGUAUGCUUUAAAAUGAAGUUUUCCUUUCUGCGAUUUGUCUUGCAUGUGUUUGUAUUCAAGAAUGACCGAAGUGAAUGUUGACUGUACAAAGCCAUGUAGCCAUGCUGCAGUUGUUCCUCUCAUUACUGGCUGAUGUCUGGAGUGCUUGUGGAAAUAUCAGCUUGUUUUCUCCUCUGGGUUAAACCUCCACAGGUUUUUGCUGCUGUCGAGUGUGUACCUCUCUGGACAUCCACUGACGUUUUUCAAGAGAACAGUAUUGCCUUUUUAUAAUGUUUAUGUAUGGAUUUUUUUUUAUGUUGUUGCAGGCUUAUUUACCUCAUUGUGACAUGUUAGGAGUGAAUGAAUAUUGAUGAGUACCAUUUUGGCUCCCUCACACCAAACAAAAUGGUUAAAAUUGACCUUUUUUUUUUUUUUUUGGGCCAGACGAAUCUGGAGUGAUGCUGCAUUUUGGCCUCUGUGUCAUGAACAGAGUGGAAAUUUAUCUGCUUUAGUAUAAUGUUACUUUAGCAUGACUGGUUUGAUAUUGGUUCUACAUCCAUAUUCCCAUCUCUUUCACACCUUUAAUUCCCAACUGUCACCAUUUUAACACAAAGGCUUUUAUUCAUUGUUAUUCGACAAUUUGAUGCCACUUCGGGCACAAUAGGAGCCUGUUAAGUUUGUUCUACAGUCAGUGUACAGCUUAUGUAGAUGGCAAAUUUGCCUGCCACUUUGUGCAUAUAGACCUUUGGCAUUAAAGUCCUAUUUAUUUCAGAUUCUGUAUUGCAUGUGUUCAGAUAAUGAGUUUUAUUAUCAUACAGUGGUUAAAUACAUUGUAUUAUGAUAUCAAAUUGUUUAUCAGACUUGUUUAAAUAAAGAUUGAGAUGA